AUGGAGCAGGUCGGCAUCAUGUCUUGGGCCUCAGCGCUUCUUGGAUACAGUAACCCUGAGCUGCAUGUGCUGCUGUCAGUCACAGCGCUGAAGCAUAGAUCCCACUCACAGGCUCAUGCUGUGCAGCUGCACCGCACACAGAGCUCCGACAUUUGUAAAUCCGUCAAUAAAUCAGCAUUCAGAGUGAGAGAGGAGAGGAGCAUUGGUGACACUACAAUGUCUUAUGAGCGUAUUCUGUCAAUCACAGACUUAAGUGAGGUACAGAACCCCUGGAAAGGGGUCACCAUGAAUCGCUGCUUGGUUCUUGCCCUGGUCGUGCUGCUUGUGAGCUCAGGGGUCAGCGAAUUACAUGAAGCUGUGGAUUAUGUUGUGGAGGAGACAGGAAUUAUGUCUUUCAUAGGAAGUCUGCAGGACGGAUCAAUAUUGCAGUUUUCUGUGUGGGACAAUCUAAAAUCAUGGUGGGGAGCUGAAGAACUGGGGACGAUAAGACGCAGAAAAAAGCCCAUCGGCAACAAAGCAAUCCUCAAACCAAAAACCAAGCCUUAG